CAUCGAGACCUCAAGUCACUCUCACAGAGAGACAGAGAGAGAGCCAGUAGCGGUGUGUGCACGCACGCCGACGGGAGGUCCACGCACGAGAGAUCGCGCACACGCAUUACUCCACUCGCCCCACUCACCAAACCAGCCUCUCUCUCUCCGUGUCUCACUGCGCCACCCCCCACUCACUCGCCCCACUCGCCAACCCACCUCUCUCUCUCUGCGUGUCUCACUGCGCCGCCGCCCCCCACUCCUACGUCCCAGAGUCACCCUGGGGGGGCUUCCCGAGUCGCCAGCGCCGCUCGCAGACGGCAACUCGCGCGUCGUCCCACGCGACUCCCACGCCACGUUGCCCGCGAUGGCUCCCAGAGAGCAACAGCAGCAGCAGCAGUACGUCGUCCCGACCAAGAACUGCCACCGCAUGGUGGUGCUGGGCUCCUCCAAGGUGGGCAAGACGGCCCUGGUGUCCCGCUUCCUCACGGGUCGCUACGAGGACGCCUACACGCCGACCAUCGAGGACUUCCACCGCAAGUUGUACCGCAUCCGGGGAGACCUCUACCAGCUGGACGUCCUCGACACGUCGGGGAAUCACCCCUUCCCGGCCAUGCGGCGCCUCUCCAUCCUGACCGGCGACAUCUUCGUGCUGGUAUUCAGCCUGGACAGCCGCGAGUCCCUGCUCGAGGCGUGCCGCCUGCGCGAGCAGAUCCUGCAGACCAAGGCGUGCCUGCGCAACCGCCCGACGCACUCGCUGCACGACGUGCCCAUCGUCAUCUGCGCCAACAAGGCGGAGCCGGCGUCGCAGCAGCAGCAGCAGCAGCUGCCCCCCGGGGCGGCCGCCGCCGCGGUGGGGGGGGGCGGCCCCGAGGGCGCCGAUCCCUCGCAGGCCCCGGCGGCGGCGCUGUCCCGGGACGAGGUGGUGGCCGCGCUGGGGGCCGGCGCGCCCUACUUCGAGGUGAGCGCCAAGCGCAACCACGGCGUGGACGAGAUGUUCCGCGCGCUCUUCACGCUGGCGGGGCUGCCCCGAGAGAUGAGCCCUGCCCUGCACCGACGCGUCUCGGCGCUGUCCUGCCCGGGAAGGGGCGGAGGAGGAGCGGGGGGGGAAGGGGACGGCGACUGCGACGGGCGGCCUGGCGGGCACGGCAGGGGCGGCCUGUGGGGGGGGGGCUCGGGCGCUUCGAAGGCGAUGGACGACGCGUGCGGGCUGGUGGCCACGUGCGCGCGCAGGCCCAGCGUGCACAGCGACUUGCUGUACGUGCGCCAGAAGGCGCUGCUGUGUCGCUCGCAGAGCAAAGAGCGCUCGGACAAGUGCUGCAUCAUGUGAUCAAGUGCUGCAUCAUGUGAUCAAGUGCUGCAUCAUGUGAUCAAGUGCUGCAUCAUGUGAUCAAGUGCUGCAUCUUGUGGUCAAGUGCUGCAUCUUGUGGUCAAGUGCUGCAUCGUGAUGUGAAGGAGAGCUGCAUCACCUGAAUUCGUGCUGCAUCGUGAGGUGAAAAAGUGCAGAAGAAGAAGAAGGGGAGGGAGGCAAGGAGGUGCUGCAAGGAUCGUCGCUGACUUUGAGCAUCGGACACUUUGUUCUUUAGAUUUGUGAUCGACCUGAGAUAGGGGACCUUGACUGCGCGUGAACGCACGGCGUGAAGGACGUCAUCACCACAGUGCCUGUGUUGGGCUUGCGGUGGUUUACACACCCGCACGCACACACACACAUUCACACACACACAUUCACAUACACACAUUCACACACACGCACACACACGCACAAAAGACAAAGAUUUCCCCGUAUAGCCUUUAACAGGCUGUAUGGGCAAAUGCUGUUAGCGAGCAGCACCUAUGAAGGCCGGCACAGCACACGAGGGGGUGGGUGGCCAGCAUCACGCCCGGCCGCCUUUGUCUCCCGAGUGGCGAUGUUUACACCCCGUACUAGGUACUCCUUUUUUAAGCUGAGUCGACCUAGGGGAGGCCCAGGAUCGGUUCGGAUAAUCGUCACUGGUGUCGGUGGCCGUAAGCGGGAAUCAAACUCGGGUGGCCGGGUUCGGAGAGCAGCGUAGCGCUCACCGCUGCGCCACCGCUCCCCAUACACGUGCAGACAUGGAGAUGCUGAAUUGUUCACUACGUAUGAACAGUCUAAAAUUCAAUAUAAGAUAUUAAAACAUAUCGCUAAAUAAAACUAAAGUUACAAUGUCUACAUUUCAAGUGAAAGGGAACUUUUAACAUAUACACUGUACAGAAGAUAUUUAAUAUUUUGAAGUUGUAUAACUCUUUAGACAUAUCGAGCGUACACACAUCGUCAACUUCAUUACGGUGCCACGGUUUACAUUGAUGUGAGCAUUUGUAUUUAACGAAUGUGAAAAGUCAACACUUACCUUGACACAUUGAAGCUUUGUGGAGCCGAACAGUUUUCGCUGCGCUUUCUGCACUCACGUGGCUCGUUUGUGUUUAACGACACGGGCCUUGGGCCUGCAGCCAGACGCACGCGCACGCACGAGGGAGAGACACAGAGCAAGGGAACGGGAUGUAACUUCCAGCUGAACACCUCCGAGUGCCCGGCAGGAGAGUGAUUGAGGCGGGGCACAGACACGCGGCGUUGCAUUGCGCCGUUUGGCCCCACUGGGGACCCGACAGGGAUUUUAAGCAAAGAUCGAGGGAGCUGUGUGCGUGUGCAGUUCGGCCAAUAAGCUGUUGGUGCAAUUUCUAAAUGGCUGCUUGCCUCUUGUUAUCCUGUUGUGUUGAGAAUCAAUUCCAGGCGGCGUUCAGUCGCAUUAGUUCUGUGUCGUGAUGAGGGUCGCCGUCGUCUUACGGACUUUGAUUGAGGACGCCGAUAACGCGACACGCCCACCUCUUGUUUCGCGUGCCGACUGCGAGACGUCACCUUGUGAAUUGUGCACGCGCGAAAGCCCCGUUACGUUUCGCAGCGGCACUAAGCGCUGCACGGUGCACGUGGCGACAUUCUAGCGGUGGAGACCACGAGAUUCGCGUCGACGGAAUAAUCCGAAGGCAGUCUCGGGUAUGAGGCGUCGUCUUGUGACGAGCUCGGCGUGGGUGACAAUGCGCGUGGGUGAGCUUGGAGCGCGCGCUCGUGACACGCGCGGCAGGGAGAGUUGCGGAGUGGCGCCACGUGGCACGUGUCACGUGGCACGGCCCCUGCCAAGUUGAGAGUCGUCUCCUCGUCGCCUCUUGCACGAUCUCUUAAGCGGUUGCUAAACACCACGCGGCAAAUGUCUUUCUUUGUAAGUCCGCAACGAGACGUCGACGGCGGUGGGGGAGGGGGGGCGGUUUACGCGGUGCCCCCCUUUCGACUCCACUGCUUUAACCGAGAUAGUUUUACGUGGCGCCGUGACGCAGACAGCCGUGGGCGAUUCUCGCGAUGUCGAGGCCAGGGGCUGUGUCGGCUUGCUGCCGUGUCUGCCUCCCAUCUCCAAUCCGGGCACCGCGGUGGCCAGGAGAUGUGAACUCCCUCGCCCGGUAUACAGGAGCGCGUGGGUUCCAUCCCGAACCCGAGGCCUGCUGCUGUAUAUUUGGAGUUUGCGCGUCUCUCUCUCCCCGUCUACCCGUGGAUUUUUCUCCGGGUCCCCCGGGUUUUCCAUCCACGUUUAACAUUAACACGCGUUUACAGCAUUUGGCUCCUGCUUUACACAUUUCCACGCGAUGACGAUACGCCGCUCUGUUCAGCUCUCAUUUGUGACGGCCAGGUCGCUUAUGAAAUAAAACAGAGCUCAAAGUGUAUUCGUCUAAUCGCAGCCCCGCGUGUGCCAACACACUGAGUCAGAAUAUUUAUUUAUAAUUGGAGGAAGAAUCCGAUGAGCUUUCAAGCUUUUUUCAACAGGUCAUUGCUCGGCAAUGUUCUCCUGCACUAAGGAGGCCUGCCAAGUGGAGCAGUUGGCGCGGAGACGCGGGUGAUCCAUUCACGCGAUGGAUGUAAUUUAUUUGCAAGGUGUGUGUGUGUGUAGGGGUGCAGCGGUUGUUACUAGCGUCUGACGCACGCACGUGCGGUUUCUCGAAAUGCGCUCUGCCCAGAACCAACGGUGGAUUUUAGACGUAAAGCCUCCGCAUCACUCCAAAUUACUUCACCAAAAACUUCGGUCGAUUGGCUUGCCGCGUGUCCUCGAGUAACGAACGCAACGGGGCUGCGUUCACGUGGCCGCAACAUCGAGUGGCGUGUUUCUUGUCGCUACCCCCCCCCCCGCACCCCUUCCCCUCUCGAGGUGCCGCUGCACCCUCGGCCAGAAGUGUUCUUAUCGAUCGCUGGGGAGACUCAAAAGCUCGCGCAGAUGUUUGUGUUUUGCACAAACAAAUAACAACAGACGCUCGCUCGCUCUUGUACAGCAGUGGCUUUUUUUACUUGAAUAUUUGAUGAACUUGUGACAAUUGCACUUGCCUUUCGGUGUGCACGGGUCGUAGGCGACGUUUAGCUGCAAACUAAUUUUCGUUGGGAGCUGUGAACCAUCGUCGGUCGGACUUGAACCGUUGGUCGGAAGGAUUUUGUACAAUGUGUAGAGGUGUGCAUUCAGUUUUCUACGGUCGACUGCGUCCACGAUACAAAAUAAACAUGAAGUACUCUUUA